AUGAUGUUUGUGUCCUGGUCAGAUCAGAACAACAUUCUCAUCUACAGGACGUUUGAAGACUUUAGGAAAUUCCAUAAAGAGCUGAAGAGAAAGUUCCCCACUGAGAGUGGGUCACUGAGGAGUUUACCCAGGUUUAAAGGAAUAACUAUGCAGCAGAGGAAGGGUGGCAAGCUGAACAGGUGCCUGGAGAUCCUGAAACUGCUGGAAACGUAUUCCCAGGAGCUGCUGAAAACCGAUGUGAAAAUCUCCCGGGGUGAAGAGGUGAUUCAGUUUUUCAAGGCACAGACACAAGACCUCGAUCCCUCCUUCCCUGAAAACAGACCUUCACUUUCCAGUGCUGUGAUCAUGCCAUCAGUGUUCAGAAGGGAGAAGAGCCCCCAGCCCCUCUCCAUCACCCUCCCUCAGGCGUCGCAGAGCUACCGCUGCGUCGAGGCCUUUGAAACCAAAGACACAAAGAACAAACCCUUCACAGUGGCUCAGGAGGAGAUUGUGGAAGUGCUCAUCAAGGACAUGACUGGCUGGUGGCUGGUGGAAAAUGCAGACAAGCAGAUAGCCUGGUUCCCAGCCUCAUACCUGGAAGAGCUUGAUGCCUAUGAGGACAUCCAGAAUGACUUCAGCUCAGAUGAGGAGGGUAGUCUGUACUUUGUGGUGCAGGCCUACGAGGCUCAGAAGGCAGAUGAGCUGUCACUGAACCAGGGGGUGGUCGUGGAGGUGCUCAGGACGUCCCACAAUGGCUGGUGGCUGAUCAGGUACAACGGCUGCACUGGCUACAUGCCCUCGCUGUGCCUCCGGCCCUACCAGAACCCUCACCACAAGCUCCAGAGCAUCCUGAGCUGCAGCCUGCACGCUUGCACCCCGAGCCUCAGCUCCCGGGAGGAGCACAGCUCUGCCAGGAGCAGAUCCCGCUCCCUGCCCCAGGCCAGCUCCGCCCCAGGGCUGGAUUUGGGCUCGGACAGCUCCUCGCUGAGCUCGGGCGGCGGCAGCGCCGGGAACGCCCGGCUGGCCUGGAAACCCCAAUUGUCUCGGUCCCUGCCCGAGGUGGAGCCGGCCAGGAGCUCUCCUGGCCCGAGCCACGAGCUGGGCACACGCAGCAGCAAAUCCCCAGAGCUCAGUGCCAGCGACAGGAACGACUCCGGCUUCGUGGAGUCCUCCACAGCCGGGCCGCCCCUCGCCGAGCCCGAGCUGGCCGCGGGUGUCCCCAAGGUGCCGGCCCGUCCCUCAGCCCAGGAGAUCCUGCAGCGCUGCAGCACCGUCACCAAGCGAGCUGUGCAGCACUCGGCCCCCCGGCCGGCCCUCCCGGACCCCAGCCAGCGUUAG